AUGUUUUUCUUUAGUAUUUUCAAAAAAGCGAGGUAUUACGUUGUUCUUUGGGUUUUCAUUUUUAUGCUUCUAUUUUCAAAGUGUGCGCAGAUAAAUUACUUUCCGAGAUGUAAUUUAUUAAUAUCAGAAAAUAAAGUUAAAAAAUCAGAAUGAAUCUAAAAUAUCCGGUAUUCAAUUCAUAA